AGAUGAAACAGGUGCAAGAAGCAGAGCUUAAGGCAUCAGCAAAUGAAAGAGAAGUACAGUUACUUCGAAUAUCCCUUCGGCAACAGAAGGAGAAGGUAAAACAGCUACAUGAACUUCUUAUAUUAAGAGAGCAAGAGCAAAGGAAAGAACUUGAAACCCGAGUUGCUUUAAAUGGACCUGAAUUUCAAGAUGCUUUGUCAAAAGCUCUGGCUAAAGAGGAGCAAAGGCAUCAACAACGUGUUAAAGAACUUCAGGAGGCAAUUAAUACAUUAAACCAGAAGUACAGAGAGUUAGAAGAUGAAUUUCGUUUAGCAUUAACUAUUGAAGCAAAAAGGUUUAAAGAGGUAAAAGAGAAUUUUGAAAACGUUGCUGCUGAUCUAGCUGAACAUAAACAAGCCCUGUUUGAGUCUGAACAAAAGGAAAGAGAGAUGACAAGUCUGAUCCAAGACCUGACAAGUAUAGUGGAAGAACAGAAAGCAAAGAUUGCAGAAUUAACAAAAUCCAAUGAAGAAGCUACAGCAAACCUCAAGUGUCAAACUGGAGAACUUGAAACCCUGAUUGAGGAGGACAAACAGAAGGCUGUUCAAGUUGAACUUCUGAAAAAGGAAAAUGGAAAACUUAUUUCUCAGCUGACAGCCCAGGAAUCUGUGAUUGAUGGGUUAAAAAUGGAAAGAAAAAUAUGGGGGCAGGAGUUGGCACAACAGGGAGCUCAUCUUGCACAAGAUCGGGGCAAGCUGGAGGCAAAAAUCGAAGUUCUAACGGAUGAGAUUGAGGUGUUAAAAAAGCAAAAUGAACAGGACAAUGACACUAUAAGAAUUAAAAACAAAAUAGUGGAUGAUCAGACAGAAACAAUUAGGAGAUUAAAAGAAGGCUUACAAGAAAAAGAUAAACAAAUCAAAAAACAGCAUGAAGAAAAUGUGGAAGCUCAGCAAUUUUUCCAAAUCCAGUUGCAUGAAAAAACUGUUGAAUUUGAAGAGCUAAUGCAAAAAUUAGAAAGGCAAAAUGAAAGAAAAGAGGAAUUAAAGCAGCUUCUAGAAGAAAAAAAUGUGGAACUUGAUGACAUUAAGAAUGCACACAGUGCACUGAAAAAGAAGUGGCAAGGUAAAGGAGAGCUAUUAAGCCAGCUGGAGGUGCAGGUUAAACAAAUGAAGGAGAGCUUUGACAUCAAAGAGAAGAAGCUGAUUGAAGAGAGAAAUAAAAGUCUUCAGACUCAGAGGUGGACACUUUAA